AAAAAAAAAGACUAGGUAAAUGAGAUAGAUGAGCUUCCAGCUGGACAUAGUGACACGUACCUGUAAUCCCAUCACUUGAGGGGCUGAAGGAGGAGUACCUAGAAUUCCAGGCUGGGCUAUGGAGCGAGAGCCUGUCACAAAAAACACCCCUCCCCCCCCAAAAAAAAGGUGAAAUUUUAAACAUGGAAGGAUUACAUUUGUAAUCCUCUACUACUUGGGGGUCUGAAGCAGGAAGAUGGUGAGUUUGAGGUCAGCCUAGGUUACAAAUUAAUUAAAAAAGAUGCCUGAGGCAGGUCAGUGCUGCUGCUUUUGAGGAAACAGACAGUUCUACCCACCCUAAUCAGUUUACGAAGACAUUGUAGACUAAGAAGAUAAAAGAAGUUGGAAUAUCUUGUUGGAAAAACAUGAGGGAGAGAAACAGGGUAAGUUUCUGACAGGAAUCUUAUGGCUUUAGCAUCCCUGCUUUCCCACCACACACACACACACACACACACACACACACACACACACACACACACAUCUGUUCCUUUUUGGUUGUGGGUGGGUAUGUAUCUGUGUAUGCAUGUGUGCAUUCAGGUAUGUAUGUGUAGAGGUCAGAGAACACUUCUGGUAUUGUCACCCUGACCAUUGAGGUCUACCUGUCUGUGUCUCUCUAGGCAAGUUGGCAUUUACAAGUGUAUACCACUGUGGAUAACUUCUUUCUUUUUACAUGGGUUCUAGGGAUCAGACUUGUGCUUGUAAGAAAAGCACUUUAGUCAUGAAGUUAUGCUCCAGCUGUUUGUUUUGUACUGGUCGUGGGACACGUAGACUCAGGCAAUCCUGUAAUCUUAGCUUCCCAAAUAGCUGGGACUACAGGCAUGCACCAUUGGUCUACUCUUGUUCUUUUGGGUUUAAAUGAUCAUUUACUAGCAGCUACUUGGGUAGAAAUGGGAAGGCAAGGCUAAAAUAGAUUAUUAAUUUUGUAGGAUUAUUGAGGAUAUAGAGGAAAGUAGUUUCUUAAAAAUUAAAGUUUACAUGUUUUUGAUUUAGCUGAAUAACUUAAUGUUAGAAAGUAACAUACAGUUCAGUCAAUUGAUUAAAUGUCAUAUUUUGUUAACAUUGGCCAGAAAAAGAACCUAACUUUUUUUUUUGUAGAAAACACUCUAUUGACCCAUAUGUUCUAAUUUAGUUGUGAACCAUGUACAACUGAUGUUUGACCUAUUUGACUCAUCGUGAAAAGAAUUUAACCAGCUGCCCUUGCUGAAUCUUUUGUCCUGUCUCAAGAAUAUGUUGUUGAUCACAUAGCAUGGUCAUCCACUCACAGCUUAAAAAAAUACAGGGAGCAUCGGAGAGAAUGGGUUCAAUGUAUCUAUGCCUGCCUACUUCAAUCUGCAAGGGAGUUUCAGAAAGGCCCCGCAUUCGCCGAGCCGUGAGUUAUCACUAACUUUUCAGAUGUGUUAAUGAAUGUGGAACAGAAGCAGUUGUGUUUAAAAGGAAAUAAAAGUCCAUCAAAGUAACAUAGUAGCAGGCUUGAACACUAAAUGGAUUAUCCCAAAUUGUGUCACAAAUAACCUACUAGAGAUAAGCCUCAGAAAACCUAUUGUUGAACUGCUCUGAAGCUAUGGUUUUAGCAUAUUAUCUUUCUUAAAAAUAUAUGUGUCCUAAUUGGGAAUCAGAAUGUUCUUUACAUCUUCUUAACCAAGUUAAAACAAUUUGAACAAAAUCUUACCCCACAGUUUAGUAGACUUUAAGUUAAGCUCUUCAAUAUAAGAACACUUAAAAGGGGUAAAGUUUGAACAUUUUUUUUGUUUGUUUGAUAUUCACAUGUGAAAAUACAGAACUUAAUUUAAGAAUUGCUUCCUAGUUGAAAUGUUUGGAGUGCUGUAGGUAUCAUGUGAACUGCAGAGGUAUUUGCAAUCUCGGUUUGUUUCAACAGUUUUCGCUUCAGUAAUUCACCAGUAGGUUUUCAUUUAUCAGUGAUAUCAACUUAAGGCUAUACCACAUUUUUUAGGGCUUAUCGUUCUGCAUAGAGGAAACGACCCUGUGAGUUUUUCUUUUAUUUCUUCAGAGAGUCUAAGCAAAAAAGUUGUAACUAACAUUUGUAUUUUGUUACUCUAUCUAGUUACCUUUCCUUUUCUUAGACUCUUUACCUUUUGAGUAAAUAGCUUUAUUUGAUAAGCAGGUUGGUUGCUUCUGUUUAGGAGUUGUGUUUUUUUAUUUUUUUUUUAUGAGCACAGAAUAUAUUUUAUAUUGCUUAGUUUGGCAAUAUAGCACAGACCACUUGGAAGUGUGGAAUCUUUGGAGGUAUUAAAGUUAACAUUUCAUUAGGCAAUGUGCCUUUGUUUGACUGGUGUGUAAGUCCUUCUUCCAGGUUUGUACGCUCUUAAACACCUUAUUCUACCCUCUUAACUCCUCCCAGCAGCAAAAGGGAGACACUUCAACUGGAACAAAAUAGUGGAAGAAAUGGCGUCUGGGGUUCAGUGGGGAUUCGCAGUGUGAGAUACUACUCGACAAAGAAUCAAAUUCAGCGAUGACAGAGUAUGCAAGAGCCACCUUCUCAACUGUUGUCCCCAUGAUGUCCUUUCUGGAACUAGAAUGGAUCUUGGAGAAUGCCUGAAAGUCCAUGACCUGGCUUUAAGAGCAGAUUAUGAAAUUGCAUCCAAAGAACAGGACUUUUUCUUUGAACUUGAUGCCAUGGAUCAUCUGCAGUCAUUCAUUGCAGAUUGUGAUCGAAGAACAGAAGUGUCUAAGAAAAGAUUAGCAGAAACUCAAGAAGAGAUAAGUGCUGAAGUGGCAGCAAAGGCAGAACGUGUUCAUGAGUUAAAUGAAGAAAUAGGUAAAUUGUUGGCCAAAGUGGAACAACUAGGAGCUGAAGGAAAUGUGGAAGAAUCUCAAAAAGUAAUGGAUGAAGUAGAGAAAGCACGGGCAAAGAAAAGAGAAGCAGAGGAAGUUUAUCGAAAUUCUAUGCCAGCUUCCAGUUUCCAGCAGCAGAAACUUCGAGUCUGUGAAGUCUGUUCUGCAUAUUUAGGUCUUCAUGAUAAUGACAGGCGACUUGCUGAUCAUUUUGGGGGUAAACUGCACCUGGGAUUUAUUGAAAUAAGAGAGAAACUUGAAGAAUUAAAGAGAGUUGUAGCUGAGAAGCAGGAGAAAAGAAACCAGGAACGCCUGAAACGAAGAGAAGAGAGGGAGAGAGAAGAACGGGAGAAACUGAGGAGGUCCCGCUCACAUAGCAAGAAUCCCAAAAGAUCUAGAUCCAGAGAGCAUCGCAGACACCGAUCUCGCUCCAUGUCACGAGAACGCAAGAGGAGGACUCGAUCCAAGUCUCGGGAGAAACGACAUCGCCACAGGUCCCGUUCCAGUAGCCGAAGCCGCAGCCGCAGCCACCAGAGAAGUCGACACAGCUCUAGAGAUAGGAGCAGAGAGCGAUCCAAGAGGAGAUCCUCAAAAGAAAGAUUCAGAGACCAAGACUUAGCAUCCCGUGACAGAGACAGGAGUUCAAGAGACAGAUCACCUCGUGACCGAGAUCGAAAAGAUAAGAAGCGGUCCUAUGAGAGCGCUAAUGGCAGAUCAGAAGACAGGAGGAGCUCUGAAGAGCGGGAAGCAGGGGAGAUCUAAUUAGCUCUGUAUAUACAUACCUUCAGUCCUUAAGCUUCCUGUGGAGCUAACCUGCUGUUGUCUAGUUUACAGUCCUUCAGGGUGACACUUCUAGAUACUGAUCCAGGCUAGAUGAAUACAUAUUUAGUAUCUAAUGAUCUGAACUGAACCUGUUUUCCUUGAUAAAGCCUAAACUACAUCCAUAGUUUCUGGUGAACCUAUACUACAAUUCUGAACGUAAAGUACAGUACAGUUUUAUAUAAUAAGACACUGAUCUCUAGUCUUUCAAGUAGGAGUGAUAGUGAAUGAAUUGUGUUAAUUAAUGCUUGCAGUUUUUGAACAUUUGUAAAAUACUGUCUUCCUUUGUAUUCCAAACAGCAGCAGCUUUGGGGAAUUUUUCUUUAUAAUUCUUCUUCCUUUGACUUUUGUAUCUCCCAAUACCUGUGCCUCCAACUGUAAGAGAAAAGGGGCAGGGAAGCAAUAUAACUUGUGUUCUAAGGUUCUGGUCACCUCAGUUACUAGUUGAUUACAGUUGAGCAGUUCUACGGGAUUGUGUGCUGGAGAAACUUAUACAGGGCUCUUUUGUUUGGGCCGAAUAAGAGUUGGAAGUUGAACAGCUGUUUCAUUACUUUUGCUUUUUUAUUGAAAAUUUGAAAUCAGACUUGUCUUGAUUUUUCUGUUCUACUAAAUUGCUAUGUUCAGUAUAUUGAGGGGGAUGGGGCAGGGACUGUUUCAUAAUAAGCACUUGUUUUAUUUUGUGUGUGAGUGUGGAGUAUAAAGGCUAUCUUUACUCUUAUUGUAAAAAAUAAUAAUAAAAUGAGAAGAAACAAUCAUCACCACCAUCAUUACACUGUACCUUGUUUAGUAAGUUGUCACUAGAACUAUUUGCUGUGGUAUUUUCCUCUAUUCUGUAACAUCCUUAACAGUGCCUUACUGUACAAGGCACCAAAGGAAGGAAAUAUAGAACUGUGGAUUUCAGAUGAACUGUUGCUCCACCCAAUUCUCUUGUUGGCUAUACUCCACUACUUCAGAGCUGUGUUUAACAGCUUCUGUAAGGAAAGAUUGGACCUGUAGAAGUAACUAAGUCUCUUGUUUGUAUUUCUUAAUUGACAAGCCUGAAUAAAAUCAAUAUGUAACCAAUAUAA